UAUUGGGUGAGCCCUCAAACGUUACUCUGGAACAACCGAUAGACAUUAGACCUGAAUUAAUAAAGUAGCAAAAGCACCAUUUUAUUAAAAAAAAAAAAAAAAAAAAGGGGAAAGAAAUUCGAAAGAGAAUGAAUAGCACGUCACCAGCAAAUUCGUCAAUAUCAACGACAGCAAUUGUUGGUGGCGGAGGCGGAGGAGGAGGAAGUGGUAGUAAUGCUGCUUUCUCCGCUGACGAUUUGUAUCUUCCUUCUGAUCUUAUCUCUGUUCAAGACCGCAAAGACGACGCCAUGCUUGUUAUAAAAGCUGAUCUGAUGGCUGCACUUAACAAGGAGGUUAAAUCUCUGGAUGAAGAUAGUUGGAUGUUUGAAGGACCUAUCUCCCGUAUCAACAUGAUAUCAAGAAAGGGUGGCUUUCUCCAGAAGCAGACAGAGAUUUCAAACAUUAAGAGUACAGCCCCACCAAAAUAAUUUCCACCUUUUCAUCUUCAAGAGGAUCUUGUAUUUUCAAACUGUUCAUACGCUGCCUCUUUGAUAUGUCUCGUUUGGUGAAUAUAGAUGUGGAAGCGGUGGUAGCAUCUUUAUCACCGUUCGACAUGAAUUGCCAUAGAUUUUAUUGCCGGCUUGACAUUUUUCUUGUGAAAAUGAUGUUCUAAGCAAA